GCGCAUUGGCGGCGAGCGCGAUGGGCGGGGUGUUGCCGGAGCUGCGAUGGCUGCCCGCGGGUGUCCAAAGACCAGAGCCGCCGGCCGCCCUCAGAUCCUGGCCUCUUGACGCCGCCAGUGGGCGGGGUCGCCUGGGCCACCUCCGUCGCUGUCAUGUAUCCGUCGGCCCCACCGGCGCCACGUAGGGACUUCAUCUCGGUGACGCUGAGCCUUGACCAGAGCUACGACGGCAGCAAAAGCCGGCAGCGCCGCUCGUGCUGGAGGAAAUGGAAGCAGCUGUCACGGCUCCAGCGGAACGCGGUCCUCUUCCUGCUGGCCUUCAUGGUCCUUUGUGGGCUCCUGUCCUGCAUCAGCGUGGCCGACCCGUGGAAAGCUCCAAAUGACAGGUCAGCGGAAGAGGAGAAGGUGAGGCCAGCAAAGCCACCUGCCCUGCCAGCUCCUCGGAAGGCAGAUGCCAACCCAGAAAACGCCCCGGGGCCAUUAGUUCAGACACCUCGAAGGCGCUUUCGGUGGCGACCCCCUAACUUGCAGAUCAGAGCCCCCAACAAAGACUCAGAAAACGGGAGGCAGGAAGGCGCCGAGAGCAGGGACGAGGCUGCGGACGAAGCUCAGCGGGAGGCAGACCCGCAGGGAGCGCUCGCCAGCUGGCGGGGAGCAGUGAUUGAGCCGGAGGUGGGCACCAAAGUCCCCUGGAGAAGGGCAGUAGCCCCCACCGGGAUUCAGAAGCACCCAGCCCCUCCAAACAGCCGCCAGAAGGCCGUGGUGGACGCCUUCCGCCACGCCUGGCUCGGGUACCGCAAGUUCGCCUGGGGCCAUGACGAGCUGAAACCCGUGUCCAGGUCCUUCAGCGAGUGGUUCGGCCUCGGCCUCACGCUCAUCGACUCCCUGGACACCAUGUGGAUCUUAGGUCUGAAGAAAGAAUUUGGAGAAGCCAGGAGGUGGGUGUCCAAGAAGCUGCAAUUUCAGAAAGACGUGGACGUCAACCUGUUUGAGAGCACGAUCCGGCUCCUGGGGGGGCUCCUCAGUGCCUACCACCUGUCAGGGGACGCGCUCUUCCUGCAGAAAGCCGAGGACUUGGGGAACCGGCUGCUGCCUGCGUUCCGGACGCCCUCCAAGAUCCCGUACUCCGACGUGAACCUGGGCACUGGGGUGGCCCGCCCACCCCGGUGGACGUCCGACAGCACGGUGGCCAAGGUGACGAGCAUCCAGCUGGAGUUCCGAGAGCUGUCUCGUCUCACGGGAGCUACGAAGUUCCGGGAGGCCGUGGAGGAGGUGACGAAGCAUGUCCACUCCUUGUCCGGGAAGAAGGAUGGGCUCGUGCCUAUGUUCAUCAACGUGCACAGCGGCCUGUUCACCCACCGCGGUGUCUUCACGCUGGGCGCCCGGGCGGACAGUUACUAUGAGUACUUGCUAAAGCAGUGGAUCCAGGGCGGGAAGACCGACCAGCGGUUACUGGACGACUAUCUGGAGGCCGUGGACGGAAUCAGAAAGCACCUGCUGCGCAGAUCGGAGCCCAGCAAGCUCACCUUCGUUGGGGAGCUCGCCCAUGGCCGCUUCAGCGCCAAGAUGGACCACCUGGUGUGCUUCCUGCCAGGGACGCUGGCUCUGGGCGCCCACCACGGCCUGCCCGCCGAGCACAUGCAGCUGGCGCGGGCACUCAUGGACACCUGCUACCAGAUGAACAGGCAGAUGGAGACGGGGCUGAGCCCCGAAAUUGCACACUUCAACCUGCAGCCGCAGAAGUCUCAGAAGGACGUGCUAGUCAAGCCCGCCGACAGGCACAACCUCCUGCGGCCAGAGACGGUGGAAAGCCUGUUCUACCUGUACCGCUUCACGGGAGACCGCAAGUACCAGGACUGGGGCUGGGCCAUCCUGCAGAACUUCAACACGUACACGCGUGUCCCCUCGGGUGGCUAUUCCUCCAUCAGCAAUGUCCAGGAUCCCCAUGAUCCACAGCCCAGGGACAAAAUGGAGAGUUUCUUCCUGGGGGAGACGCUGAAGUACCUCUACCUGCUCUUCUCUGACGACCCGGCCCUGCUCAGCCUGGACGCCUAUGUGUUCAACACCGAGGCCCACCCCUUGCCCAUCUGGGGCCCUGCCUGAGGCCGCGGCCCCCACGUGGGCUGCCAGGCCUGUCAAGUCAGCUGGGCCCUGGCCCUGGAUGUAGCCCCCUGCUUUGACCUCAGCCGUGUGGUGUCCACCCCGCUGGCUGGAUGCUGUUCAGGCCGGGCUGACGACAGGCCAUCAGGCAGCUGGGCCAGGACAUCGGGGCCUCGUGAGGUGCUGGGGCGGCUGCUGGGCUCCUGUCCGUAGUCCCUGUCAGGGACUGUGGUCCAGGGUGGUCCAGUCUUCCCCCUCCUCCUCUCUGAGAAGAUUCCAGCCAUGACUCACAUUCCUGACACCUGGGCGCACUCCUGUCCACCGACGCAGGGGCUUGGUGGGGGUCCUGGGGCCACCGUGGGUCCCCAGACCCCACGUUGUGUUCAGAGACAAGAGCUGAAGGGACCCUGGGAUGCAGCUGGCCUCGGGGUCUCAGGCCUGUGGACGUGCCCUGACCGAGCUCUCGGGUGUCUGACCUCAUGGGGACCUGGCCUCCUGGCUAGCUGUGGUGUUUACUUAUUGGACUCAGGGACUGUCCCCGCCCUUCAGGGGUUGGGAGGGGCAGGUGGCAUGGUCAUCCUGCUCCCAGGCCACCGGACGGAACGGGCUUUCCGUCAGGAUAAAGGUGGAUUCGCUGUAA